AUGCUUUGUUUGCUUAGCUUCCGUGCCACACUCACUAGCCCCGUCACUUUCCGUGCGUCUUCCUGUGAUCCUAGUACUACAUACAAUCCAAACAGUACUACCGGUAGCAUUUACGGAACCCAUCUGAAUUUCACGCUUAACACUCUAUCUUCGAAUGCUUCCCGGACAGACAACAACGGUUUCUACAAGAUUAGUACCGGCGACGACCCUUCUAACACGGUCUAUGGCCUCUUUCUCUGUCGAGGCGAUGUGAACACUGAUGUUUGUGAAGAAUGUGUAGCAAAUGCCAGCAUACAAGUAUUUAAGGAUUGCCUGAAUCGAAAGGUUGCUAUGGUUUUGUAUGAUGAGUGCUUGUUAUAUUUUUCUAACCAGCCAAUCUUCCCCGACGUUGAUAGGUUUCAUUCCUAUUUGAUUAUGUGGAAUCCACACAACAUCUCUGAACCGGACCGGAACAACUUCAUAAUGGUAUUGGGAAAACUGGUCUAUAACGCUGUAGAUCAGGCAGCAAAUAGUACCCGGGGCAAAAACGUUGCAGUUCAAGAUGACGACUAUUCCUCGGAUAGAUUGUAUACCCUUGUGCAGUGCACACCAGAUCUAUCUGGUGAUGAAUGCAAAAAAUGCCUCAACAGAGCUAUCCGGAAUCUAGAUGUCGCGAAUCUCCCCAUCGCAGGUAAUGAUACUAGAGGAGGAAGGAUAGUCUUUCCAAUCUGUAAUAUUAGGUACGAGUUCUACCGCUUCUAUAAUACGGUAUCCUCUCCACCAUCGCCUCCGCCGCCAAACUCUCCGGGGGGUCCUCCUCCCAGUUCCACCAAAGGUCGACAAUGA